AUGGAAAACUAUACUGGAAAUGAAACUCAAGUUCGUUCGGAAUCAGACAGCACAGACGAGGAGACUGGCGGGAAUGGCGUGCGCGCGCUAAUUGGAUGCAUUUUGUUUCUCCUCAUUGUGUCGACACUGCUGGGGAACAUGCUCGUGUGCGCUGCGGUAGUUAAAUUCAGGCACCUCCGGUCCAAGGUAACCAACUUUUUCGUGAUUUCUCUGGCGGUGUCUGACCUCUUCGUUGCCGUCCUCGUGAUGCCAUGGGAGGCAAUAUCUGAGGUGACUGGCACCUGGCUGUUUGGUAGAUUUUGUGGCAUCUGGAUAGCUUUUGACAUAAUGUGCUCGACGGCAUCUAUUCUUAAUCUGUGUAUCAUAAGCGUGGACAGAUACUGGGCUAUAGCUAGUCCUUUUAGAUAUGAACGGAAAAUGACCCACAGAGUUGCAUUUAUCAUGAUUGGAGUGGCGUGGACGCUGUCAAUUCUCAUCUCCUUCAUACCUGUCCAACUGAACUGGCACAUGGCCGACGAGGAGACGUCAGCGGGAAACUUUAGUAACCACUCUGAGAAUUGCAUAGCAAACUUGAACAAGACCUAUGCUAUUUCCUCAUCACUGAUCAGUUUCUAUAUCCCAGUGGUUAUCAUGGUUGCCACUUACACGAGGAUUUACCGUAUUGCGCAAACGCAGAUACGGAGGAUAUCCUCCUUGGAGAGAGCCGCCGAGCAAGCGCAAAAUAACCAACACCCAAACGUUUGCGCGCACGAAAACGCAUUAAAAACGGCUUUUAAAAAGGAAACAAAAGUGCUAAAGACCCUCUCCAUUAUCAUGGGAGUUUUUGUGUUUUGCUGGCUGCCUUUUUUUGUCCUAAACUGCAUGGUACCUUUCUGUGACCCUCCGUGUGUAAGCGACACCACGUUUACAAUUUUCGUUUGGUUUGGUUGGGCCAACUCUUCGUUAAACCCUGUAAUUUACGCAUUUAACGCGGAUUUCAGAAAAGCCUUUACAACUAUUCUGGGCUGCAAUAAAAUUUGCUCAAGCAAUACAGUGGAGGCUGUUAAUUUCAGCAAUGAAUUGGUCUCCUAUCACCACGACACAACGCUCCAAAAAGACGCACAAGUCUUGAUGGCUACACAGCAUCCUCACGCAAUCCCGAACGUGGGAGAGGACACAACCCCACUGUCCGACAAAGUUUCUCUUAUCUCAAACGCAUCUCGCAAUCACAAGAACACGUUGCUGCCAGCCAUCGUCCAAUUCCAGUGUGACGGGGAAAUUUCACUGGAUACCAUAACGCCAUUUACUUCAGCCGGAGCCAUGGAAUGCGACUCAAUCCCUGGUCAAAUCCACGAUUAGAAUCUUGCCCAAUUAAUUGUAGGUUAUGAUUAACUGAAGUAUUGCAUUCUUGAUUUGUUUAUUUAAAAUUAUAUUUUAUUGUAAGAUCAUUAACUUAUUUUAUGCCGUGCGUAAGUCCGUGCGUAAUGUUAUAAUAGCUUAAUUAUCUCACUGAUCGGCAUCGAUACAUUUAUGCUGUGAUUCUUUUAAAUAGGCAUGUCUUGAUAAACGAAGGAAUUCACAAAGAAAUGUUAGCCUAGUUUUAGUCUUGCCACUACACACAUUUCUAAU